AUGAACGAGUCAUUGAAUAUUCCGAAUUUGUCAAUGAUUGACUUCAGGAGGAAUUCAAUAGCUUAUGAGUUAUCUAACGAUGAUUACUCAGCUGACUUAGCAGGAGCUUUAGCUGAUAGCUCUUACUCUAAUGAUCAAAUCAGUAGAAAAUAAUCAACCAUGACAUUCGGUGAAAAUAAUCCUGAUAAAAUCGUAUAGAGGAGAAGACGUCGGAAAAAUAGGAACAGAAAGGGAACUUAACAACCUUUAGUAAUAUAAAAGCCAGAUCUUAAGAACAUGUUUAGAUCUCCUUAGUUGACUUAUCAAAUGAAGAAUUCAUCUAAAUCUCAUACGAUAACACCUUAAGUUAAGAAAUUUAAUGCAAUUGCCUAGGGGGACAGUCAAUUCUCUAUUAAAGAGAAAAGUUUGUAGUCUAAAGAUCUCCAUACUAUUCAUGAGGAGUAGGAGGAUGGGGAAGAGAGGUUAAAGUUGGAAUUGGAAGAGGAGUUCAAACAGUAUUUGGAUUUCAACGAAAACCAAUAAUACCAAUUUACCUUGCCUCCUCCUUAGCUAGACUUAUCUCCCUCAAAGAUGGAUAUAGCCAGCAGAUUAUUUUCAAAGCAUAAGAGAUUCAGCCUACAUCCCUAGAAUUCAAUAGAGGAAUUUAUUAAUUAGGAUAAGAUCGAAUGCUUGGAAAAAGAGCAGGAGAAAUAGAUAGAAAGUAAUUGUCAAAGGCCAAGGGAUAAAAAAUAUGAUAAAAAAAUAAAUAAGGAUAGGGAAAGCUACUAAAAGGAAGGUAAUCAAAAUAAAUGCAAUAACUUUAACAACAAGCAUUUGAAGUAUAAAUUCCAGACUCACAAAAAUCAAAUGAAAAAGGUGCCACAAGCUCCCUUUAUCAAUAAUCAAUAUCUAAUGUAAAAUGUAAUGAAACCUGUUUAUGAGUAUACCCCUAAUUUCUAAAGAUUAAGUGCAAACUGCUUGCUUAGAGGUUAUUCAUAAUAAUCUGAAAAUAAGGACUCUUUCACAUAGAGUCAAUACUUUUACUAAAAUCAACUUGAAAGCCCUUAUAUACUACGAGAAAACAACUUUAAUGACCUUGGAGCUUCCAUGGCAUUUGUGAUCGGCUCAGACUCUUUUUUAAAUGAUGAUAGCAAUCUAGAUAUAUGUGAUUAGAAAACAGCAUCAGAGCAUAAGGAGGACAACAACAACAAUCCUUUCAAUCUCCAGCAACAUUAAUAACAGCAGCAUCAAUAAUCAAACAGUGGCUAAAGUUCGUCAUAGCAAUUAGAUUAAAUUGUGAAUUUAGAUUAAAUAGGUUUUAAUUAACCUUAUAAUAAUGAGGACUAAUUAGUGAGAUUGCCGAAUAAGAGAGAGUAGAUGAUUAAGGAAAUUGAAUAGUAAAAAAGAUUGAUAUCUAAGUUACUAAAAGAGAUUGGUGAAAAAGAUAGGAUUCUUAAGGAUUAUCAACUUAAACAGUAGAGUAAUUAGAUAUUACCAAUUCAAUGA